AUUUGACUGAAUCAGUGUGACAUACACACACCGUACACACUCCAUUAAGAAGCCGGGCUGCACAAUCAGCUGUUACUCCACACCCCCUGCGACACAGACGAUACACACAGCGGUGCUCUGAGACAAGAACAAUGUCAGGACCGAGGCCCGUGGUGCUAAGCGGCCCCUCCGGAGCAGGAAAAAGCACUCUGUUGAAGAGGCUGAUGAAGGAGCACGAAGGAGUCUUUGGAUUCAGCGUCUCACACACAACAAGAAACCCUCGACCAGGAGAGAAAGACGGCAAAGGGCUGAACAAGCUCCCCAUGCUUCUGGGGGCUACUUUACUGCCCGUAGCAGACAUCUUAUCCUCUGAAGACAUAGAAAUGUCAACCUCACUUUCGUGUCCAAAUGAAUCAGAAACCACAGACGAAGACUACCACUUCACAACGAAGGAGGCCAUGCAGGACGGUAUUGACAACGGAGAGUUCAUUGAGAAUGCUGAAUUUUCUGGCAACAUGUAUGGAACAAGCAAGGCUGCCAUAGAAGAUGUGCGAGCCAAAAACCUAAUCUGCAUCCUGGAUGUGGAUAUCCAGGGGGUGAAGAGGAUUAAAGAGACUGACCUGGACCCCAUCUACAUCUCCAUCCAGCCUCCAUCUAUGGAAGUUUUGGAAAAACGUCUGAGGGACAGGCAGACGGAAACAGAGGAGAGUUUACAAACACGUCUGGAGGCGGCACGCAUCGAUAUGGAGCUCAGUAAGGAACCCGGAGUGUUUGAUGUUGUAAUCAUCAACGAUGACUUAGAAAAGGCCUACGAAGAGUUAAAAGAAAUCCUGGAUGAAGAAAUUAAAAAAGUUCAGGAGGCCAAAUCAUAACAAGGAAAUAAUAAGCCAGGCUUUCAGCUGGUGGACAGAAACACUUGUGACUUUGAUCAGAAUAGCUCCAUCUUCACUGAGAACGCAUCUGAAAUAAGAAAAGUUUUUCCUGACGCUCGGGUUCACUCAGUGCAGUUCUAAUACACAGAUGGAAAUGCAGGGCUCUGGACUGAAAUGUUUAAGAUGGGCUUUGUGUUAGAUUUAGUAAAAGUAAUGGUUAUAUCAAUCAUUACUUAGGUGUGUAAUCCUAAAUUAUACAUUACUGCCAUUUGGCUCAGCAAAAAAAGAGACAACUGAAGACAACUGCCAAAUCCAGUACUACAUUUGGUCUUUGCAGGACUGGGGCUGGAAGUGAUCUAAGCUAAGUACACAUCAGUACCAUCACUCGGUACCUGCUACAGACAGCACAAAAUAAUUGGAAAGUGUUCAUCAGUGAUAGGUACACUGUCAUUGAUUUGGCUUGUUAAAUUCUACUGAAGUAGAAAUAAAUUCACUCUUAGUCAAGUACAUUAUCAAGCUGGAUUUACGCUGCACAUUAUUCAAAGAUCACAUGAAGAAUGACAGUGCAUCUGAAAAUCACCGUGCAUGUGUAGAUUUAAACUAAAAUGUGUAUUAUAUGUGAUGUGCAUGUGAGUUGUAUACAAAUGAGACAGAAUAAAGAAUUUUAGGACAAUGA